AUGUCGAUCAUACCUCAGGGCGAGGUGGCGCAGGAGAGCAGCAGUGGGCUGUUCCUGUACCCGCAGUUGACAACGACGAAUUACAGAAGCUGGGUGAUUCGCGUGCAGGCGAUGAUGGAAGAUCAAGGCGUCUGGGAUGCAGUCGAGCCAGCGGUCGGUGAGACCGUCAACGAGAAGAAGGACAAGAAGGCGAGGUCGCAUCUCUUCCAAGCGCUCCCGGAAGAUCUCCUAAUGCAGGUGGCUAGGAAGAAAACUACAAAGGAGGUCUGGGACUGUCUCAAGACAAGAUUUGUUGGCGCAGAUCACGUCAAGAACGUGUGGCUGCAGACAUUGAAGAGCGACUUCAAUGCCAUGCGUAUGCAGGAGGGAGAGACGCUGGACCAGUACGCCGGAAGGCUCAACAGCAUGUCCGUCAGGUACGCAAACCUAGGGGAGACGCUCGACAAUGCUGCUUUGUUCUACGACCUCGACAAGAUGUCGUUCGAGGAAGCCGUGGGGCGGCUUAAGGCGUUUGAAGAACGUACUCAUCCAUGUGCAUCCGGUGGCAAUAGCAUUGGUGACAGCCAGCUUCUGUUCACUCAGGCCGAGUGGCAGGCGCAGCAGAAGAAGGAUGGUGGCAACUCCUCAUCAAGCAACAAGGGCAAAUCCCACCUUGCUGUAGAAAGUAGCAACCACGACCGGGGUGGUCGUGGACACGGUAGAGGUUGUGGUAGAGGUGGUCGCAGUGGCAUGUUGCGCAAUGACGAGGAGAGCGGCUCGAGCGGCGUUCGCCACAACAAGAGCCACAUCAAGUGCUUCAACUGCCACAAGAUGGGGCACUACGUGAACGAGUGCGAGGCACCGAAGAAGAAGGAAGAGUAG